CGCCUCCCAGGAGUCCGGCCGGAAGGUCAGCUGUGGCCGCUCAGCUGUGGGCAGAGGGAGGACUGUCUGCUCCCAGGAAGGUGCCCUUGGCAGCCCAGAACGUUCCCCGUUUGUCCUUGAGGGGACACCCGUCUGCCAGCCAAGCAGCCGGCUGCCGGUCAGCCUGCAGGGGCCUGAGCAUGGAGCCACCGGUCCUUCCAGCUCACUUAGGCCCAGCCUCCCGGGCAGGUGGCCAGGGGAGGACUAGGAGGCCUCCGGCAUUAACCCGAGAACCAGGGUCCCGACACCGGCCCGGUCCUUGGCUGCAGACCUGGCCCUGGGACCAAGUGGGACUUUAUCUUAGGGCCCUCGCCGCCCAUCCCUUCUCCCCUCAUCCCCCACCCCAGCAAUCGCAAGCUCCGAUGCUAGUGGCCUGGGCAGGGCAAGGAUUAAAAGAAUUGAUGCCGGUUUGUUGCCUCAUUGAAGGGAAAAGCUCAGUGGGAACACGACUUCACAAGGGAUUUGAGCUGACAAACAGGCCUCUUUGAUGUGAAACCAAAGAAGGGGAAUGCUCAUUCCUCCUGGGAUCCGAUGGGGUCUUGUAAGGUGCUGUGUGGGCACCAGCAGGGAACGCGGGCCCACCUCCCAGCGCAGAGCCCAUAGGGGUCCCCAGGUCUGACUGCUGUGUGGGCCACCUGCAGGCGGCAGCACGCCGGGGCGUGAAGGCGGUUUUCUGGAAGUCGGACUGGGCUGAGGCGGGGAGGCCAGGACAGCAGCAGCGUUGUGCUUCGUCUUUGUCUCGAGGAAGAGCUGCUUCAGGAGAGAGUCCUGCCCUGCUCACUGUCCUGAUCACACUUCCCUCCCUGUCCUGGCCCGGCCCAGCUCCCUAGCUCGCCCUCCCUUCAGGCCCCUGACCGCACCUGAGCCCCUUCCCGUCCCCUGGUGCCCGCCCCAGCGGCCCCGGCAAGCUCAUUAGUGUGGCAUCAGGGGACAGUGCUAAUCGGCUUACCCGGCAGCAGGAUAAAUGCCCGCUGACCCUGGUGCGGGAGGCCACCCUCACACCGAUGGCCCCCUGAGACCUGCCCAGUGUCUGCGCCCAGCGUGAGGGAGUCCAGAAGCCCAAGGUCACCACAGGGUCUCUGCCAGCCUGGCCAUGAACCUGGAGCCGCCCAAGGCCGAGAUCCGCUCGGCCACCAGGGUGACGGGGGGCCCCGUCACGCCCAGGAAAGGGCCCCCCAAAUUUAAGCAGCGGCAAACCAGGCAGUUCAAGAGCAAGCCCCCCAAGAAAGGUGUCCAAGGGUUUGGGGACGACAUCCCUGGAAUGGAAGGCCUGGGGACAGACAUCACGGUCAUCUGCCCGUGGGAGGCCUUCAACCACCUGGAGCUGCACGAGCUGGCCCAGUACGGCAUCAUCUAGCCGCACCUGCCGUCCGACCCCCUGCGGCCCCACACCCCAGCC